AAAAAGUUAUAUGUAUUUUAACAUGUGUUGGAAUAUAUAUAACUGUGUUGAAACAGAAAUUAAAAAUAAAAAUUUGAUAAAAAGAAAAUGGUCAUCUCCCCACAAAAACAGCAGCAUCCUCUUCUCUUGAUGAUGAACUACUUCAACCCCAACAACACUUUCAAACCUCACUCACUUCACUCCUUCUCUCCCUCUUUUUUUCUUCUUCUUCUUCUUCUUCUCUCUUCUCUUCUUUCGACUUUUGCUUCUUCCAAUAACCACUUUCUCACUUCAACUCCAUACACAAAACAUCACAUAAACAUUUUUCUUAUCACCAUAUUCUUAUUAUUAUUGUAAUUAUAAUUACAAUAAUAAAAAAACAUUUUUGCAUAUAUGCUCGCCAGAGAUGCCGACGCCGGUAAGCACCGCGAGGCAGUGUCUCACGGACGAGGCGGCGCGUGCGCUCGACGACGCCGUCACGGUUGCCCGCCGUCGAAGCCACGCCCAGACCACCUCCCUCCACGCCGUCUCCGCGCUUCUCUCACUCCCAUCCGCGGCGCUUCGCGACGCCUGCGCUCGCUGCCGGAGCUGCUCCUACUCCCCCCGCCUCCAGUUCCGCGCCCUCGAGCUAUCUGUCGGCGUCUCCCUCGACCGCCUUCCCACAAUCAAAACUGCUGGCUCCACCGGGGCGGACGGCGGGGCUGGCUACGAGGGUCCCCCUGUUUCGAACUCCCUCAUGGCCGCCAUAAAGCGCUCACAGGCGAACCAGCGGCGCCACCCGGAUAGCUUCCACCUUAUGCAGAUGAUGCAGCAGCAGCAGCAUCAGACGUCGUUGCUGAAAGUCGAACUCAAACACUUCAUUCUUUCUAUUCUCGACGACCCUAUCGUGAGUCGCGUCUUCGGCGAAGCUGGUUUCAGAAGCUACGACAUCAAGCUCGCGCUUCUUCAACCACCUCCACCUUCAAGGAUCUUCUCGCGGUUGACCCCUCCGGUUUUCCUCUGCAACCUCGAACCGGUUCAGAAGACCGGUUCUCGGCUGGACGAGAAUUGCCGCAGAAUCGUGGAGGUGGUGACGAGGAAGAGCAAAAGGAAUCCUCUUUUGAUGGGGGUGUACGCGAAAAGCGCUCUGAAGAGCUUCAUCGAAUGCGUGGAAGCUCGUAAAGGUGGGAUAUUGCCCUGUGAGCUGAAUGGGUUGAGUGUGGUUUCGGUGGAGAAGGAGAUUGGGGAGUUCUUGAGGGAAGGUGGGAAUGGAGGGAAGAUUUUCGAGGAAGUGGGUCGUUUGGUGGAGCAGUGUUCUGGUGCUGGGGUUGUGGUGUGUUUUGGGGAGAUUGAGCUUUUUGUCGGGGGGAAUGAGGGUGUUGCGUUUGUGGUUUCGCAGUUGACGAGGUUGUUGGGUGUUCAUGUUGGGAAGGUGUGGUUGGUGGGCGUGGCGGGAACCUCGGAGGCCUAUUCUAAGUUCCUGAGGUUGUUCCCUACAGUGGACAAAGAUUGGGAUCUGCAUCUCCUGACCAUGACCUCUGCCACCCCUUUCAUGGAAGGACUCUACCCCAAGUCCAGCUUGAUGGGGUCCUUUGUGCCAUUUGGCGGGUUCUUUUCUACAACUUCUGAGUUGAAAAAUCCCGUUAGCUGUACGAAUGCAUCAUCUUUAACACGGUGUGACACAUGCAAUGAAAAGUGUGAACAAGAAGUUGCUGAUAUUUUGAAUGUAGGUCCUGCAACUUCAGCAUCUGGUUACUCAACUAGCUUGCCUUGGUUACAAAAGGUUAAUGUGGAGACAGAUAUGGCAAAGACUAAUGAAGAAAACACCAGUCUGAAUGGGAAGAUCUUCGGAUUGCAGAGGAAAUGGGGUGAUAUUUGCCAACGUCUUCAUCAAAACCGAUCAUUACCUGAAUUUGAUAUUUCUAAAACAAGGUUCCAAGUUCCUUCCCUUGAGGGUUUUCAAUUUGGUCCAGGAAGUAGUAGCAAAGGUCCACCCCAUAGCGAAAUCCAAUAUUCUCAAAGUGCAUUUCCAUUUAAACAGAUAUUACCAGUUUCAGUACCACCUUUUGACACUGUUACCAUCACUGAUGAAGCAGAUCACAUGGCAAAAGUUUCUAAGAGUGAUAUGCACAGUACUUGGGUUUCUCCUUCCCCUAAGGCCAAUUUGAGCCUACUUGAUCACACACCAUCUUCAUCCUUGACUCCAGUGACCACUGAUUUGGGAUUGGGAACGAUAUAUAAAUCAGCCACUCAUGAGCCAGACACCCCAAAACUAAGUGAUCACAAGAAGCAUCUUCACAACCUGCCAGAUUCCCUUUCAAGUGAUUUUAAUCCUAUGAAUGAGUGUACUUCACACCAAAUUGCUAGAUCUUCUUCAUGCUCCGGGCCAAAUCUAGAAGGGCAUUUUGAAACAGUAGAUUUCAAGUCACUGUACCAUCUUCUCACUGAAAAGGUUGGGUGGCAGGAUGAGGCCAUAUAUGCUAUCAAUCAGACUGUGUCACGGUGUAGAUCUGGUGCUGGAAAGCGUAGUAGUGGCUCACAUGUUAGAGCAGACACAUGGCUUGCAUUCCUUGGACCUGAUAGAGUUGGGAAAAGAAAACUUGCUUCAGCACUGGCUGAGAUUUUAUUUGGAAACAAACAAAGCCUAAUUGCUGUGGAUUUGAGCUCUCAAGACAAGUGUUACCAAUCAAACUCAGUUUUUGAAUUCCAAGAUUCAUAUUGUCAUGAUGUGCUUAUGAGGAAGACAGUUGUGGACUAUAUUGCUUGGGAAUUGAGUAAAAGGCCACACUCAGUUGUUUUUCUUGAUAAUGUAGAUCAAGCAGAUUUUCUUGUGCAGAAUAGUUUGUUCCAAGCAAUAAGAACAGGUAAAUUCUCGUACUCGCAUGGUAGGGAAAUCAGCAUCAACAAUGCAAUAUUUAUUGUAGCCUCUGGUGUGUUUAAAAAAGGCAUUGGCUCUUUGAAUAUGGAGGAGGAUCCUAAGAUGUUCCCAGAGGAAAGAAUCCUAGAAGCUAAAAGAUGUCAAAUGCAAUUAUCACUUGGACAUUCUUCCCAGGAUGCCAAAAGAAGUGGUUGCACUAAUGUGAAGGUUGCUCAAAGAAAAGGGACCUCCAAAACAACAAUCCUGAAUAAAAGAAAGCUAGUAGAAAGUGGUGAUUCUGAAGAGAGAGCAUCAUGCAAGACACUGAAGCAGGUGAUGGAGUCAUCAAGGUCCUAUCUGGAUCUUAACAUACCUCUGGAGGAGGUUGAAGUGGACAACAAUUGCAGUGAUUAUGAAAGUGAGUCCUACAUAGUUGAAAAAAACCCUGGAGCCUGGUUAAAUGACUUGUGUGAUCAAGUUGAUGAAAGAGUUGUUUUUAAGCCAUUCAAUUUUGAUUCUCUUGCUGAGGAAGUAAUAAAAAGCAUUGACAUACAAUUUCAAAAGACGUUUGGGUCAGAAUUUGUGCUGGAAAUUGAGUAUGAGGUGAUGACACAGAUUCUUGGAGCUGCAUGGUUAUCUGACAAGAAAAAAGCAUUGGAAGAUUGGGUUGAACAUGUUCUUGGCAGAAGCUUUGGUGAAGCUCAACACAAGUACCACUUUGCAGCAGAAUAUGUGGUGAAACUGGUUAACUGCGAAAGAUUUUUUUUGGAAGAUCAAUCUCCUGGAGUAUGCCUUCCAGCUAGAAUUAACUUGAACUGAAUUCUUGAACUGAAUUUUUGCUCACUAUGUAUUUUGUAAUUACAUGUAAAAUGUAGCUUUUAGGAUAUAGCAUUUGGUAGUCAGUAGCAUUUUUCGGCUAAUCAUCCCACAAUUUUUUCUUUUUGUGGUGAUCGUUGUGAUGCAAUUCCUAUGGUAAAAAAAUGUGUAUCUUCACAAGGUUUUUCUUGCUUA